AACAGAACUGCAGCUUUUAUCCGGUUUCCUUCCUGGUUCUGGAGGCCCCGGGGGACCCGCUUUCCGGACUGGAGUUCCACAUAACAGUCCGGUCCUCCCGCAGCAGAACGUCUCUGGUUCUGAAGGACAAUGAUUCUGGUCUCGGUUCUGGUCCUGCUGCUGCCUGACCCCGGACUCGGGUCGAGGCGAGCCGGGCCGUGUCUGCCUGUGUGUUCCGGAGGAGAGUGCAUCACCGUUAACCGGGACCGGGUGGAUUUUAAAACCGCAGAGGAAGCGUGUCGGAACCAGACCGGGGUUCUGCUGACCCUCCAGUCUCAGAACCACCAGAGGAUCUUUGAGGUUCUGACCAAACAAGCGUUUGGAAACUUCUGGAUUGGACUUCGUUUGCCGUCCGGAUCCUGCAGCGACCUCUCGGUUCCGCUCAGAGGUUAUGAGUGGACCUCUGGAGAUCCAAACGGAACGUAUGUUCCGUCCAAAUGGACCGCUGAAGCGGAACUCUGUUCUCCUCGCUGUGUUUCUCUGUCCUACCAGCGCUGGGAGGAGCGGUUCUGUUCGGAUCAUCUGGACGGGUUUCUGUGCAGAAGCGAGCAGAAGUUCGCCUGUCGGGGAGAAGACCGAACCUUCAAAAGUUCUGCAGGCUGCAGAAGUGGACCGUGUGAGCAGCAGUGUACCGAUGUGGGUGGAGGGUUUAAAUGUUCCUGUGUCAGAGGGUACCGAACCGACCUUCUGGACCCGAGGCGGUGCCGACAGUUCUGUGGAGAGGGGAGCUGCCCGGCGCUGUGUGAAGGAGAGAGGUGUUCGUGUCCGGACGGGUUCGUGCUGAGCGGCAGGACCUGUGAGGACGUGGAUGAGUGUGAAAUGGGUCAGUGUUCUGGAGGGUGUGUGAACAGCUUCGGGAGCUUCAUGUGUUUCUGUCCCGAGGGGUUCCGACUCCACAACGAGGUCCGAUGCGUCCCGGUGCGUCCAGCUGGGUCCAGCACGACUCCUGCAGCCGAACCGGUUUCUAAGAACGGAACACUGAAGGUAUCCACGGUACCGAAGGGCGUCUUCCUCUGGAUCUGGGUCGUGGUCGCUGUGACUUUGGUGGCUUCUGUGGUUCUGAUUCGGUUCUACGUUGUUAAACGUCAGAAACGGAACCAACCCCCUGCUGCUCCUGCAGAGGACGCGACCGGAAGUUAAAACAGGACCAGAACCGCAGAGGAACCGGUGAUCAGAACCUCAGAACCCGAGGUGAGGAACUCAGUUUUACACGAGGAAACAGCGCCACCUGGUGGUUGGUUUAUAAACGUUAUAAACGUCAGAGCGGCUCGAUGUCAACAAACAAGUAAACAAACAAGUAAAGAAGAAACCCAUUCAUUCUGAACUCAGCUGUCAGUUACGUUUGGUCUAAUUAUAGAAAUAAACACACACACACACACACACACACACACACACACACACACACACACUGAAAUGUGAUUCUUUGUGAAAUCAGUCAUUUCAGUGAUCGUGCACCGACUCCGGCGUUGAAGGCCAAUACCGAUUUACUAAACUUUCUGAUUAUCAGCAAAAUACAAAAUUCUGAUCCAAGGGAACAAAAACUUGCUUCUGUUCACAUCUGCUGCUGACAGAAUAAAAAACAUUUAUUUUUUUAUUGCUGCUUAAUUAUCAAAUAAAUCAGAUUAAUGUCAGAUUGGCCGAAACUGCUGCUUCUCCUCUGUCUGUUAUAUGAAAAAUAUAAACAUUUAUUUUGUAAACUUUGUUAUAUUUCCACAGGAAAAGUGAAGUUUUUGUACAUGAAGGUUUAUUUUACUGUUUUGUACUGAUUUGUUCUCAUAAAGCGUACAAGUGAGUUAAGGACAGUAUGUUUAUGUGUUUAUGUUUAUGUAUUUAGCAGACGCUUUUGUCCAAAGCGACUUACAAGUGAUAAUCGGCAUGUUGCCCUUGAGGCUAACACAACAAUAACAACAACAACUUGACAUCAGUC